GGAGCAUUUGACCACGUGACGCGAGAGAUGUUAGAGAGCAGCCAUCAUCAUUUCACCUAAUUCAUGACCAGCCUGAAAUGGCAAAUGGCAAGACGACAAGGAAAUGAAAAAAUACGAUGGAGUAGUUGAAGACUGAAGCGUCUACCGAUUCACUGCCUCAUAAAACAAGAAGGAAGGUUUCAACCAACACCUUGACCAACUGUGGCUGUCUGGGUUAGCUGCUAGGAAGACAAGCUUGCUUCCUGGACUUCAGAAGCACUGUGGAGGAGAGGGUCUCAGGCUGAUCUCUCCCCCCGUGAGUCUUUAAGGAGGGGGGGGAGAGGAGGAGGAGGAGGAGGACGAAGGAGCUGCGAUAACCACCCAGAGCAUGGGGCAAAAAGUCCCAGGUGGCAUAAAAACCAUCGACAUGCGGGAUCCGGCAUUCAGCCCCCUGAAGCUGGAGCUACAGGCCCUUAGUCACACCAAACCGUCUCGACUGGACCUGCUGCUGGACAUGCCACCUGCCGGCCUGGACGUUCAGGUGCAACACUCGUGGAACAACGACGACCGCUCGCUCAACAUCUUCGUCAAGGAUGAUAACAAGCUGGUGUUUCACAGACACCCCGUGGCGCAGAGCACAGACGCCAUCCGGGGCCGUGUGGGCUACACGAGGGGACUGCACGUGUGGGAGAUCAGCUGGGCUAUGCGUCAGAGGGGCACACACGCUGUGGUCGGAGUGGCUACAAGUGACGCACCGCUGCACUCGGUGGGCUACACAGCUUUGGUGGGGAGCAACGCUGAGUCGUGGGGCUGGGACCUGUGCAGGAGUAAACUCUACCACGACAGCAAGAAUCAUCCAGGGAAAAGCUACCCAGCCUUCCUCGAGCCAGAUGACACAUUCAUCAUCCCAGACUCCCUCUUAGUGGUCUUGGACAUGGAUGAGGGGACUCUGGGUUACAUAGUGGAUGGACAUUAUUUAGGGGUGGCGUUUAGAGGACUUAAAGGCAGGAAGCUGUACCCUGUAGUGAGCGCUGUGUGGGGACACUGUGAGAUACGAAUCCGGUACAUAAAUGGACUUGAUCCUGAACCUCUCUCUCUGAUGGACCUGUGUCGACGCUCUGUGAGGGUGGCAUUAGGAAGAGACCGUUUGAGUGAAAUCCAUAAAUUGCCUCUGCCUGUCUCACUCAAGAACUAUCUACUCUACCAAUGACGGCGCUGAUGAUCACACACUCUCACACACACACUCAGCACACCUCCGUCUCUUUCUCAUGUCUCUCUGGGAUCCUUCUUGGGUUGAACCCGUUCGACAACAUUGCUCAAGCCUCUGGGACUGACUCAGCCUUCAACAAGUAUGCUUCUCUGUCAGCGUUUCUUAUCCUGUUUUUAUGACUCUUUGCAAUUGUACUCUAACUUUAUGAAAUCAGGAAUCACUGAGCACUAUGCACAUGCUGAUCCAGACGAUGUCCUGACAGCCACCAUGUUGGUGUACCUCCGGUUUGUAACUAAUGUGGCACAUGUGUGUGGUCAGCAUCUCUGCAGUGUUAGCUCCACAUGUAACAAUCAUGAAUUUCUAUCUUGUAGCCUUUUAAAAUUUAAAUGUUCUGGUUGUGCUUUAAAUGAAAUGAAUUGUGAUAGUAAUGAAACUUUGAAUGUUGGUGCAGAAGUCCACUGCCAAUAUCUCACCACUAGGUGGCAGCACAUACACACAUCAAGCUUAACGUCCUCUGAAAGUGGGAAGUAUGUUCAUGCCUUGUUACUUUUAAAAAGUGCUGCUUUUUAAAAGAAGAAAUGUUCUAAAAUUGAUUUUGAUACAUGACAUAAAGAGAUGCUGACCACUGCGUAGUGAGCCUGGAGUGUGGUGUGGAUGAAUGCACUGUGAGGGAGCUGGAGAGCGGCUCCUGACCAAUCGCUGCACUGUCAGGUUUCACUGCUGUAUGGAAGUGUGCUUACUUUCAAGGCAUCGGACAGGAACAUCAUCAGCAGAAACUUUAAUGCGAGGAUAAUGUCACUGUGAUUAUUUGUAGCAUGCAUCUGCAGGAAAUCUUUCUCAAUACAAUUACAAAGUCUUUUUUUAAUCUUUUCUGUCAUUCCUGGUUUUUGUAGUGAAGUAGUUUUCAACCAUAUGCUGUCAGGGCCCAUGAGUGCAGAUUUUUUCCUUCACAACCAGUUCCUUCAUCACCUGAUUUCACUGCUUUUCACAUCUUCGGCCAGAGAAUGGAAACUAACCAGUGAAACUGUCAGUUUUUGAAUUAUAAGCUGCUACUUUUGGGUCUUACUGGCACAUAACUGAGAACCAUUGAUGUAGUGUUUGUGUUUUAAGAAAUGUAAAAGGGGUUCAGGUUAUGAUGGUGGGAGAAAAUGUUUCUUAAUCAGCAAACUUCCGAUCGAAGACACAACGACAACAGUAGAGACAAUCCACAAAGUGCUGCACAAAUGUAAUGAAAGAAGUUGAUUGCCAACAUAUUGUCGAAUGCCAUAUCAUAGACCUGUUGACUCUAGUGUUUUUAAAUGUGCAGACAUAGCCCUUAUUCAGCACCAGAUAGGCUGAUAGGGGCUCACUGUGCCACACCUUUUCUUUUCCUUGCUUGCAGAUUCAAUUUUAUUUGUACUCCUUGAUGUAGAUUUGUUUCUAAGUAUCUAUUAAAGUUUAUUUCAAAGUA